ACAAAAUGUCCAGUUUUUAGAAUCGAAACUCCAAGAAGCUGCGUUAAGCUAGCCAACCCGCUCUUUCUCGGCGCCUUAUGCGUUCUCCAUUUCUUUCUUAAGAGCCUCUUCUCAAGACCAAGAGUGGUACAAAAAUGGCAGGGAGUGGAGUGUUUGCAGAGAUCAUAGAGGGUGAUGUUUACAAGUACUACUCUGAUGGUGAGUGGAAGAAGUCAACUUCCGGAAAAUCUGUGCCAAUCAUCAACCCCACCACCCGCAAGACCCAGUUCAAAGUCCAAGCUUGCACUCAAGAGGAGGUGAACAAAGUCAUAGACGUUGCAAAAUCAGCACAAAAAUCAUGGGUAAAGACCCCGCUAUGGAAAAGGGCAGAAUUACUUCACAAAGCAGCGGCAAUUUUAAAAGAGCACAAAGUGCCUAUAGCAGAGUGUCUCAUCAAAGAGAUUGCUAAACCGGCUAAGGAUGCAGUCACUGAAGUUGUUAGGUCUGGGGAUUUGGUGUCAUACUGUGCUGAAGAAGGGGUGAGGAUUCUGGGAGAAGGGAAGUUCCUGGUUUCCGAUAGUUUUCCUGGCAAUGAGAGGACCAAAUAUUGCCUCACUUCAAAGGUUCCACUUGGGGUGGUUUUAGCCAUCCCACCCUUCAACUAUCCUGUCAAUCUGGCCGUUUCCAAAAUUGCUCCUGCUCUUAUUGCCGGAAACUCUCUUGUACUGAAGCCCCCAACCCAGGGUGCUGUAGCCGCACUCCACAUGGUGCAUUGCUUUCAUUUGGCUGGCUUUCCCAAAGGCCUUAUUAGCUGUGUUACGGGGAAAGGUUCUGAAAUUGGUGACUUCCUUACAAUGCAUCCUAGGAUCAACUGUAUAAGCUUCACAGGUGGAGACACUGGAAUAGCAAUUUCAAAGAAAGCAGGCAUGAUUCCUCUUCAGAUGGAACUAGGUGGUAAAGAUGCAUGCAUCAUUCUUGAAGAUGCGGAUUUGGAUUUGGCAGCAACAAAUAUCAUAAAGGGAGGCUUCUCUUACAGUGGUCAAAGAUGCACGGCUGUAAAGGUUGUCCUGGUCAUGGAAUCUGUUGCUGACAUUCUUGUCGAGAAAGUUAAAUCUAAAGUGGCAAAAUUAACCGUUGGGCCACCUGAGGAUGACUGUGAUAUUACUCCGGUCGUUACGGAGUCCUCUGCUAACUUUAUCGAAGGCUUGGUAAUGGAUGCAAAGCAAAAAGGAGCAACAUUCUGCCAGGAGUACAAAAGAGAGGGAAACCUCAUAUGGCCGUUGUUGUUAGAUAAUGUUCGACCUGAUAUGAGGAUUGCAUGGGAGGAGCCAUUUGGUCCAGUUUUGCCUGUCAUACGUAUAAACUCUGUUGAAGAAGGAAUCCAUCACUGCAAUGCUAGCAAUUUGGGUCUUCAGGGUUGUGUUUUUACAAGAGACAUAAACAAAGCAAUUUUGAUCAGCGAUGCAAUGGAGACAGGAACUGUUCAGAUCAAUUCGGCACCAGCUCGUGGACCAGAUCAUUUUCCUUUUCAGGGUCUGAAGGACAGUGGAAUUGGUUCGCAAGGAAUCACCAACAGUAUAAAUAUGAUGACAAAGGUCAAGACCACCGUAAUCAACUUGCCCUCGCCUUCUUAUGCUAUGGGUUAAUUUGCCCUGUUAGGAUACAAAUAAUAAUAAAUUACUUGUAAAUAUGAGAAGCAACUUUUAUGCUUUAGGUUUUUGGAGAAAAACAGUGGACCUAACUUGGCUUGUAAAAGAGACUAUUUUAUUGUGGACUGGUGGGUCUCUUCUCUUC